AUGUCCAAACACACUGUCAUCCGUUGUCUUGUAGACGACACGGCCUUGACCAGGAACCUCGACGAGAUCGAGGGCUGGGUCUCGCAGGGCCUGAUUAUUCUUGUUGUGCCGUUGUACACGCUUUCCCGCCUAAAUGUCCUGAAGAAGGAUUCUUCACAGAUUGGUAUCAGUGCGCGUAAAGCACUCAAGUUCCUCGAUCGCAGCACUUCGUCUCGCGGCGAUUUGCGACACGACCCCGUCAUCCUACAAGGUCCUGACGACCAAUACCCCACGUGGGCUGAGGUGGAGGCACACUACACAAAUGAAAGUAUGAAGACUGCUGGGAUGAACGAAGGGGAGGUAUCGAUCCCCAUCAUGGACAACAAGCAAGAGAAGGACUCAGAAAUUGCCUUCAAGGUGGGCGCUGGCGUCGCAGGCCCUUUGUCCCAGGUGCUCUUGGACAAACUCAACUUUGCGAAAGAACCGGCGACCAUGUCCCCCGGCUCGACACCACCUUUGUCGCCCUCUUCCUCUGGGCCGCAGAGCUCUAAGACCAGCCCUGAGGUCAAGUCUGCCACCAUAAUUAGUCAAGAUCAGACCCCUGUCCCACCGUCGCUUAAGACUCUUCUUAACCCUGUCGUCUGGUAUGUGCGCGAGAAGAAGACUCCUGCGAACGAAAGUCUUGUCUUCCUUACCAACUCAGCCGACACCAUGCACCUCGCGCGGGACUUUGAUAUUCCCACCAAAAAUAUCCACCAACUGCGAAGUGCUCUCGGCGUCGGAGAAAACGACACCCCGACGCAAGAAAACUCCAAGAAGGACAAGUCGAAAAGAACAUCCACCUCGGAGCCGAAGACGCUUUUCAGCUACGAUGACGUUGAAAGUGACGAAGAGGAGGUCGUCUUCAAGCCACGAGGUCGGGGCUCAACGCGUGGAGCACAGUCGUCGCGCGGCGCUGGCGCCGGCACUGGUACCAUCCGCAGCAAUCGAGGAGGAAAUGCUCGGUCUCCGCGAACUUCUUUCAGCACCCCUGCGCAGUCGGCGCAGAACAAGCCACAAAUCCCGGUUGAAGAGAUUGACCCUGAUUCAUUUGACCGUGGCAGCUUCGCGCGGGGCAGUACGCCACUCGUCAAUACCAGCAACCAUGUCCCACCCCAAUUCAACAGUGGUCGUGGUGCGUACCGCGGCAGCUAUGGCCGCGGAGGGGGACGAGGAUCAAAUUUCAAUCGUGGUUACAGCAAUGGAUUCGAACGUGGAGCGGCCCGCGGCAGGGGUCGGUUGUUCGUCCCUUAG